AUGGCUGCUCCUGCCACUGCUCUCCCCGCUGUUGCUACCCAGCUCUGCGACUACUGUCACCAAAAGCCGAAACACGGUGGCCAUGCGUAUUGUUCCAAGACUUGCGCAGCACAGAUUGCGACGCUCUGCAACCAAUGCCACCAGAAGCCCAAGUACCAAAACUUCGACUACUGCGGCAAGAACUGUGCGGCUGCUGCUACCAAGGCAGGAACUGGCAAUGCUACCGGCAACCGGCCAACGAAGAAAGCUGCUCCAAACGCGACACCUUUCGGGACGACCUCUAUCGGGGGGGUAACGAUUGAUCCCCUCCAGAUCGCGAAGCUCGUUGCGCAGCACAUUCCCCAGGUCCAGAACCUAAUGACCGCCGUUGGCCCUGUGAUUGGACAGGCCCAGCCGCAAAGCGUGCCUCCUGUGGCCAGCGCAGCGCCACCGCGCGCUGCACCAGCCCCAAAGAAUAACCCAUUCGUCAACAAUGGCGCAAGUCUCGCACCCAAACCGGCAGCGGCGCCCGUCAUCCUGCCCGCCGCCAGUUCCCUCUCAACCCCCUCCGCACCAAACGGUGCUCCUCUGGCCGUUCCAGACUGUCUCAUCCCCGGUUGCGGCCAGCCUGUCCAUGUGGAUGUCGCCUCUGGCAGCAUAAGCGCGUAUUGCUCGAAGAAGCAUCGCGAGGAAGCUGUAACUCAGGGCCUGGUGGAACCGUGUAUUAUGUGUCUCGCGUUGCCCCAGAGCGACACUGACUAUUUUUGUGGUCGGGAAUGCCGGGAAGAAGCGUUGAAUAAGAACAUUCAAACUCCGCAGUAG